UGGAUGAAAUACCGAUGGACUCUACCGACGUUCAUCCUUGUAAGUCUCAGCCUCGGAUACCUGCUCUUCCAGGGGCUACCAUUACUGGACCGUGAUCAAACUAUUACUAAUGCAGAGACAGGCACCAAAACUCAUAAGAUUUUAGUGUGGCACUGGCCAUUUGGGAACUCGUUUAAUCUAGAUGGCGACUUCUGCAAAGACAAGUUCGGGGUACCCAAUUGUAUCAUGAUGGAUAAUCAGUCUCGGUUGUCUGAGGCAGACAUUGUGAUUUUUCACAACCGUGAGCUGAUCCAAGGCCAACAAAGGUUGCCUGUGAAUCGGAAACGCCCAGAGAAGCAAAGGUGGGUCUGGUUGACCAUGGAGAGCCCAGCGAACAAUGGGGAUGUGAAGCCCUUUGCUGGAUACUUUAACUGGACCAUGACCUACCACCAAGAUGCAGACAUUUAUUCACCCUAUGGAUUCAUGGUGCCAAAGGAAUCUGAAACUCACGAGCCACUUGAGAGUUUCAUUCCAAAGGACAAGACUGAUUUGGCAUGUUGGGUGGUGAGCAACUUUUCACCACACCAUAAGAGAACUACUAUAUACGAAAAGCUGAAAACUGUGAUACCAAUCAAAGUGUAUGGUGGAGCAGUAAAUAAGCGUCUAGAUGAUCAGACACUGUUACCUACAAUCUCUCGCUGCUCCUUCUACCUGGCCUUUGAAAACUCUGUCUUCAGAGACUACAUUACAGAGAAGUUAUGGCGCAAUGCCUACAUGAGUGGAGCUGUGCCUGUAGUCUUUGGUCCUACUCGAGAGGAGUAUGAAGCAGUGGCACAAAAAGACUCCUUCAUCCAUGUAAAUGACUUCAGUUCCGUAGAGGAGCUUGGAGAAUUCCUCAAGACGCUGGCUGCGGACAGGGAACGCUAUGCCUCAUACUUCAAUUGGAGACGUAAAUACACUGUUGAAAUUACACACUGGGUGGAGCUUGCAUGUAAAUUCUGCCCCAAAAUUAGUAGCCUACCGCCAUAUAAGGUGUAUGAGAACUUGGAUGCUUGGCAGUAGAAAUAUAUUUAUGAAGUUCAAGCUCAUUG